AUGUCGAAGUACUGCAUUCCGGCAUGGAGUCGGGAGGGUCUCCCUUGUCCCCACGGCGAGAAGGUUCUUCUUCCGCUGUCCACUUUCACGAUGCCCUCGUCGCCGGCAGGCUUGGAUUGGCUCGCAGCAGCAUUCUGCACACUUCCAUUCGACUGGGUCUUGGUGGUCUUGCUUCGUGGAUGGCUGGUGCGAGGGCUCUGGGAGUUCGCCUUGGGGCUGCUGAUCCUGCUAGCCUACAUCGUGUUGGUGGCUCUCCAGUCUGGGCUCCUGCAUGAACCGCGGCCUGCUGCAUCCUGCCUGAGCUCCUGCGGCAUGCCAUCCGGCCAUGCAGUGCCUCCGCAAGACUUUGGGAAACUCCGUUCCUGGAUCUUCGCAUUGCCAUGCGGGUGGGCGAAAGAUAGCAUAUGUAUGUAUAUAUGUAUGUAUGUAUGUAUGUAUGUACAAGCCUCUCGGCUCUCGCAAGGUGGACGGCCAGCUAAGCCUGGCCAAGCCUGGGGCCUGUAA